AUGAAUACUCAAGGCAAUGCUUCCUCCGAUCAUCCACAAGCAGCAUCCACCACAACUACCCAUUCGGCUGCCAUGAACAUCCCGAGGACAUCCAACAUUGAAAACGCAUCAUCGCCGGUGAAUGGAGAUUUCUCUCCCACAUUGCUGAGUAAAUUAAUAUUAGAAAUGGAAGAAAAAGUGGAAAGACUUUUUCAGCAAUUAGACGACUAUAAAAACGUAAUAGGAAUUGAUUUGGAUGAAGAACAUUUUGAUUUAGCCAAAACAAUUAGUUAUAUAAAACUUGAAGCAGGAUGUAGUGCAACAAAGCCACCGUCAUCACUAAGAAGUCCACAACAAACAAAAGAAGCCGGUGAGCUUGCUCGAUCAGGAUCUUUUUCUAAUGAUAAAAAUUUGUAUUCUAAAUCUCCUUUAAAAACUCCCACCAUUCCUGAUAAUCAACAAAAAACAGGACCUAAGACAACCAUUCAAUUAAUGAAAAAUCUCAAAGAUCAAUUCAAUGCACAAAUUAAGAAAACCAUCACAAAACAACCUGACAAAAAGAUCAUUCGAAGAUAUUUAUUUCAUAGAGACGCAAUAUUCGAUAUUAAGAUGUCUCCUAUUUGUAGUGUAGAUACAUCGACACCACUAUUUGCAACAGCAUCUGCAGACACGACAUGUUGUUUAUGGGCUUCCAACUUGUCACAUCUAAACCCGUUACUUGUCUAUAAGGGUCACAAUGGGGCAGUCAACAAAUUGAAGUUUCAUCCAACUGCCCAAAUAAUAUGUUCUGUUUCAGGAGAUCAGUCAAUACACCUUUGGAAAUUUGCAGAGACAUUAAAACAAAACGAAGCAGUAUCAUUAAAUAAGACGGACAGUCGGAAUAGCCACAUGAUGGGAGAAAAUGAAGAUGACGAUUUUUCGAAUGGCAGAUUUAAGUCCUAUCUUAAGCAUAUUAAACUUCCAUCCAUGGAAAAUCUUCACAAGAGUGGAGAGUUUAAUGAUGAAUCAAAUGAAAGAACUCAAAACAAUGAUCUUUUUACACAAGAUUUACUGGACAGUCACAUUGAUUUUAAAGCCUAUCAAAACGAAGGGGUAAACACGGAUAGUGAGAAUGACGACAGUCUCAAUGAGCUUCAAAAAUUUUAUAUCACGGAAGAGGGUGUGCAAGGUAUGAUUAGAAACAGACCAACCUACUUAAGAAAUCCACAUGUUAAAAAUUCUGAUUCACACAAAGGAAUAAUAUCUAGUUGUGAUUGGACAAAUCAUAACAAAGGAGAGCAAGUUGUCACAUCGUGUUGGGACGGAAAUAUAAGAAUUUUUAAUUUGGAACUUCGAGAAAUGCAAAAAAUUGCCUCUCCAAGUGAAACAGCAUAUUUGAAUGAUGUUACGUGUGCCUACCAAUCCUCCCUUAUUGCUAGUGCUUCCUCAGAUGGGAAUGUAUUUUUAUGGGAUUCACAUUCUGAUUCCAAAUCUCCCAUAUCCGCUCUGAAAUCUCAUGCUGACCCUGUUAAUUGUGUAGCAUUCACUCCAAGUGAUAGAUUCAUUGUGACUGGAACUGAUAGUGGAGAUCUUCGGAUUUUCGACCACCGAAAUAUGACCAAACCAAUGAAAACCAUUCCAAUCAAAGCUGGUGGAGUGAACAGCAUAUCGAUAUCGGAGUACCACCAACGAAUACUCGUCUCGUUGGAUAAGCGAGUUGCAAAAAUCUACGACCUUAGUGGACAUUUGCAUUCCAGUCUGCACGGACAUGAUUUGAUGGUGACAUCGGGUUGUUGGUCGUUCGACGGAUCUACAUGCUUCACUGCUGGUAUUGAUCGACAAAUAAUUCAACACGAAAUCCAAAGCUCUGCUCUAGAAACAAAAACUACAACGAUCAACAACGAAGAGUAA